AUGGAAAUUUGUAAGAAUAUAUUAUUUUUAAAUUUUAAAAAUUUAUCUAUAAUAAAAGGAAAAAAAAGAAAAGAAAAAAUUACAUGUCAAUUUCCCAAAUAUAUUGGAACAGAUAAUAAUAAAAGGUGUAUUAUAAAUUUAAUGUUGUAUAAAAUAUUUAAAGGAUAUAUUUUGUUACUUCUAUGGGUUAUUAUAAUAUUGAAAAAUGAAUACAUAUAUGAAGAUUCUUAUAUCAAAUUAGUGUCACAGUAUAAUCAUAUUUUUACGAGAAUAUUGUCUGAAAUAAACUUGAAGGGUGAACAUAAUGAUAAACGUAAAAAUUCAAAUAUAAAUACGGGUAUGAACAGGCCACAUAUAAAAACCAAAAAUAUGGAUAACAUAAAUAUAAAAAGUAGUAAUAUGAAUAAUAUAAAUGCAAAUGCUACCAGUAGCAAUAAUAUAAUGUUAAAUAAUUUCCCCAAAUUUAAUGAAAUAGAAAAUAAUAAUAAAAAUGAUAUACAUAACAAUAUGUUCUAUUCCUUUUAUAAUAAUAAAAAUGAUAAUAAUGAAAUUAACGAUGGAAAUAAUAUUUUAUCUUUUAAUGAUUAUAUAUGGAAGAAACAUGUUCAAAUGAAUAAGACGAAUUUGAACUCUGAUUUGGAUAUAAUAACUAAAAAGUUGGAGUCUUUUACUUUAAAGGACGAUAAACAAUUUGGAGAUACUACAAUUAAUUAUGAUUAUUGCUUUGAUAAUAGAUUUUCUACAUCCUCUAAAGGAGAUGAAUCUAAUAAUAUGAAUUAUGAAAGGAAUGAUCAUUUUGUAGAAUAUCAAAAUGUAGGUGUAGAUGAAAUGGCAUGUGGUACUACUCAAGGCACAGAUGAUUUACGACAUCAUAAUUCUAAUACUACGGAUUAUAGUGGUUAUAGUACUGAUGAAUUGGAUGAAGAGACUAGUGAUGAGAACUGUGAAGGAUACAAAAAAAUUGAAAAAUAUAAAAGGUAUAAUAGGUAUAAAAGAAAUAAAGAACGUAAAAGGACUAGUGAGAAUACAACGAAUAAUAAGAAUAUAAGUAAUCGUAACGAUAGAAUGGGUAAUAAAAAUAUAAGUCAUCGUAACGAUAGAAUGGGUAAUGAAAAUAUAAGUCAUCGUAACGAUAGAAUGGGUAAUGAAAAGAUAAGUCAUCGUAACGAUAGAAUGGGUAAUGAAAAUAUAAGUCAUCGUAAUAACAGAAGUAAUAUUAAGAAUGGAUUGAAUAAUGAAGAUAGACAAAAUAAAAGACAUAGAAUAAAUAAUGUACAAAAAAGAAAUGGUUUUUGUAAAGAACAUAUGGCAUAUGAAAGUGAUGAUCUCUUUAAAGAAAAUGGAGAUCCUUUUAAUGAGAAUUCACAAAAGUGCUAUCGUUGUAGGAACGAGAAAAACCAUAUAAGAAAAAAUAAUGAGGAAACAAACAUAAAAUUAAAAACUGAACAUAAAACGCAUAAAGAAAGUAGUAAUAGUAGUAUCAAUGAAUUAUCCAGUUAUAAGAAUAGGAAAAUUAAAAAUAUAAAUGAAGAUAAAUCAUUUUCUGAAGAACAAACCAAAAUGAAUAAAUAUUUUAAAAAUAAUAAACAGAAAAACCUAGGUAGUUCAUAUCAUUCACAAUUUUUAGAUGAUUAUGAUGAUUAUCCAGAUGAAAAGAUAUUUGCGAACAUUCCCAAAAAAAAAAACCAAAAUAGAAAUAAUAUUUCAUCGAAAAAAAUGAAUAAAAAAAUAAAAGUAGAAGAAGUAAAAUAUAAUGAAAUAGUAUUUGAUGAAUUGGAAGACGAGGUACUAGAAGAUAAUUUAAUGAAUCUGAAACAAUAUGAAUAUCAUAGAACUUUAUCAGAAGAAGAAUUUUAUAAAAUGAUUGAUACUCUAGGGAAUGUUUUAUGUAAUAAAGAUAUGCUCUAUAUAUUUAAUUUUAUAAAUUCUUUCGAAAGAAAAAAAUAUUUAAUUAUGCAAGAAGAUUUUAAUAUCUAUUGUGAAUGGUAUUCAUCUGUAAAUAAAAUACCAGUAAAUGUUAAACAAAAAUAUAUGAUUAAAAUUGCGUUCUAUCAAACCAAAGAUUAUCUAGAUUUAGAAAGUACUUUUUAUUAUAAUUUUUAUUCUUUCAUUAAUAGAACUUAUGUAAUAGAUAAACAAGAUUUUAUAUUAAAAUUGAAUGAAAUAAAAACCAUUUGGAAGAAUUAUAGGUUGGAAAAAAUGGAAUACUGGAAAAAAUAUCUAAGUUCAAAAUUUAAAAAGUAUAAAAGAAAUGCAUAUAUUCGUAGGACCUGUAUAAAAUAUUCUGAUUUAUUCUUUCUAUAA